UCACUUUCAGUCACUCUGCUAACACUUAUUUGUUCUCAGUUAUUACUUUGUUUGUUCGCCAAUUGUGAGCUGGACUGCAAAAAGAUGCGAGCCAAGGCCACAAGUUUGGCUGUCAGUUGCUGUCGUCUCACAUUUCCCAGUCUCGACAAAGGCUAUGCAGAAUGUCGCAAAAGUCUGAAUUUGCCCAAAAAUCGUCGCUUCACAUUUGUCGAGCAAUAUGCCAUCAAUACGUGCGUAGAGGAAUGCAACUACAUCAGCUCUGGCUACACUGAAAUCGAUCCGCCUUUUCAUCUGGACAUUGGCAACGUCAGGCUCAACUUGGAGAACACAAUGCCGUCGCCACAAGCGAUAUCCGUGCCCUUUUUGGUCGAUGCCUUUACCAAAUGCAGCGUAUUUCGAGCACAGCAUGGCAAGCUCUUUAAGAUGCAGCUGCCGGAUAUUGAAUUCAUCACGGAUGACUGUAACUCCUUUGCCCUGGACGUGACCAUCUGUGUGCGCAUCCACGCAAUGCAGAAAUGCCCCAAGGAGUUCUACAAGCACGACAGCAGCGACUGCCAAAUGGCAAAAGAGUAUUUCACGCACUGCGUGGACGAUAUUGAAGCGAAUAUAUCGUACUGA